ACUACUGAGUCGAGGAAACAGCUGAAUGAUGAGUGCUGCUCAGAGUCAAACAACACUGGAGUCCAAACUGGAGGCCCUGCAGUGCCACUUCACCUGGGAUCUGGACCCCAGCAGGAACAAACUUCUCCGUUUCCGUGACCAGCUGGAGGACAUUGGCACAGAGGAGGGAAACAGCUGGCUGGGUCACAUUUACAACCUGCGGGGGUUCAUUCAAUACAAGCUGGGGUUGACUGAAGACACCCAGAGCUUGUUCAACAAGGCUGCAAAGGCCUUCCUCCAGAUGAGAAGUGAAGAUGAGGGUCCCUGGUUAGUGGUGAACUACGGGAACCUGGCUUGGCUGAACCACCACCUGGGAGACCAAGCAGAGAGUCAGGCUUACCUGACAAAGAUCGACGCCCUGAUGAAUAAAUAUCCAUCUCCAUCCCAGGACGAGCUCCAUCCAGAGAUCUACGCUGAAAAAGCCUGGACCCUGAUGAAUUUCAGCACAGACAAACAGCUGGCUGCAGAUUACUUCCAGAGAGCCAUCAAGAUGCAGCCGGACAUGGUGGAGUGGAACACCAGCCACGUCUUAGUGUUAGCGAGAGCUUUUAAACACAGCAACACGGGGCUGGAGGCUGACAUGUUGGAGAAAGUGAGAAUCGCCAAGGAACAGGAUCCAGAGAACUUGUACCUCGCUGCUUACUACCUUGAGCAAUGUGCUAAGAAAGGAGAGAGAAUUGAAGAUGAAGCACGAGAGUUAGCCAGAAAGGUUUUGAGAAAUCCCGUCAGCAGCUACAGUGGUAUGAAACCAUUAAUAAGGGUUUACAGUCAUUAUGUUGCUAUUGAUGAGGCCAUUGAAUUGGCAGACGAGGCUCUGGAAAACCAUCCAGAUGAGCGUUAUCUGAAGAGAUGUGCUGCACUCUGUUACAAAUGGAAGAUCAUUAAUUUUAGAGAAAGUCGCCCAAAGCAAAGCAUGAUAGACAGAGCAAUCAGUCUCCAUGAGGAGGUGAUUUCUCUUUACCCUCAUUCUCGAUUUGUGAAGGAAAUAGACCUCGCAAAUAUGUACGCAAAAUCCAAUCCCGGCCAGGCUAAAGCUGAGCAGAUGUAUCAGGAAAUGCUAGAAAGGGAUCUGGAACCUCCAGAGAAGCAGGUCCUUUACAACCACUACGCAAAAUAUUUAAGCUUCGAUCGAAAGGAGCACGAAAGUUCUAUACGAUAUCACAUGAAGGCGGCAGAGAUACCACAACAAUCCUUCUUUCAUGGGAACAGCAUCACAACUCUGAAGAAGAUUACAGCCAAAGGCAGGAACCGAAUGUGUAGAGAAAUAGAGGAGUUUCUGGAAAACCUGCAAGAGCCAUAGUGUUUUGAACAUCACUGGUUUCAGAUUGAGCUGUUUCCUUUAAAGGCAGGUUUCAACAAGUGUCUGCACGUUUUUAGACUUAAGUACAUUUAAUGGAAGACAAAAGCUUUUUUUUAAAACUAUGUAAAAAUCUACACAUUUGCUCUGAAAAACUGUCAGCAGUAGUACACUCAAUCUGUACUAAACAGGCUGAAUCAUUCAAUAACACUAGUCCUUUAAAUAACAUCCACUGUGGACAUGUUCAAAUGUUAUUACUAUAGUUCAGUAUCACAUGAUUUAUUAAAAUAGAUUUUGAUCAGUGUUGAUUUUCAUAACUUACAUGUAAUCACUGUGUUUAUUAUAUUCCUGUUGUGUUGAUUGUUUUUUUUCCAUAGCACUGUAUUUUAAGUUUAUAUAAGAACUCCACUAUAUGUAAUUUGAAUGUCUGUAAGCUUUGGAGUAGUGAAAUAUAAAACUCUCUGAUAAUGUUAUAGAUAAUUUGAUGUAACCUGAAUAUUAUUGCCAGAUGCAACUGAUUGUAUGUAUAAAGUAUGUCAAGCUGUGUCUCAGUUGUACACAAUAGCCUACUAAUACUAAUAAAUAUACAUUAUGUACACUAA